AUGUCUGCCUCCAAGGCGGAGUCUCAAAAGAUCUUUGAGAAACUCAAGCUGAAACCCGCAAACAAGAUCUGCUUCGAUUGUGGCUCCAAGAACCCAACAUGGUCCUCCGUGCCUUUUGGUAUCUACCUGUGCCUUGACUGCUCGGCCCAUCAUCGUAACCUGGGCGUCCACAUCUCCUUUGUUCGCUCCACGAACCUCGACCAAUGGCAAUGGGAGCAGCUCCGGAUGAUGAAAGUCGGUGGGAACGAGUCUGCCACUAAGUACUUCCAAUCGCAUGGAGGUUCUGCCGCUCUGGCCAGCAAGGACACCAAGGUCAAGUACACAUGCAAUGCCGCCGUCAAGUAUAAGGAGGAGCUGAAGAGACGGGCCGCUCAGGAUGCGCAACAGUAUCCUGAAGAAGUGGUGAUCACCGACAUCCCCGUCGGCACCUCGUCCAACGGCUCCAGCACCCCGGCCGGUGACGCUGAUGACGAUUUCUUCUCCUCGUGGGACAAGCCGUCCAUCAAGCGGCCAAGCAACCCUCCUUCCCGCACGGGUACCCCUCCCGUCGUGAGUCGCACCGCAUCGCCCUUCCUGAACUCGGGUGCCAACGGCUCGCGCUCCAAAUCCCCGCUUUCCGCCUCCGAUAAGGACAGCCCUGCUGCCUCUCCCGCGCCGGCCGCUAUCCGGGCCAGUGCUGCUGUUCGCAAGACCUCCUCGACCGCAGCUGCGAAGAAGGGCAGUGUGUUGGGCGCCAAGAAGGCCCCCAAGCUUGGGGCUAAGAAGAUUGUUAGCGGUGCGGACAUGAUCGAUUUCGACGAGGCGGAGAGAAAGGCCAAGGAAGAGGCUGAGCGCAUCGAGAAACUGGGUUACGAUCCCGAAGCCGAACGGGCUGAGGCUGAGUCCAAGGCUAAGGCCACCACCGCCGCCGCGCCGAUUGCCUCCCCUACCCCCAUCAACCCUUCGCGGGCAUCUCAGGAACGGAGCUCUGGUGAUGUGGAGCGCCUUGGAAUGGGCAUCGGGAGACUGGGAUUUGGACAGACUGUUGGCGCACCGAAGCCUCCUGCUCCGAAGAAGUUGGGCUUUGGCGCUGUUGCUACCAGAUCUGCUGCAGAUGACGAGGAACUGAAACAGGCCAAGUCCAGAUUUGGCACUCAGAAGGGCAUCUCGUCGGAUGAGUUCUUUGGACGGGAUCGCUUCGAUCCUAACGCCCAAGCCGAGGCCAAAGAGCGUCUUCGUCAAUUCGAUGGAGCCACUGCUAUCUCCAGCAACACCUACUUCGGCCGCCCUGAGGACGAUCUUCCCGCCGAGAGUGACACCUAUGGAGACAUCGAGAACGCGGCGAAGGACUUUGUGCGUCGGUUCGGUAUCACAGCCGGUGAUGAUCUCGAGAACCUGACGCAGCUGGUUGGAGAUGGUGCCGUCAAGCUACAGGGUGCUAUACGCAGCUAUCUUAACAGCUAA